GUGGCUUAAAUUGAAAGUACUCGAUGGUACCACAUAGUAACUUUAACACUGGGAAAUAAGUAUCGACAGGGGGAAAUAGGUGAGGCCCGAAGUACCUCAGCCUCAACUCUACAUGCAGCUACCUUGUCCCCGACCCCGUUCUUUUACCCUUUUCGGCACUUAAAGGGUUGAUUUGGCCUGUGCUGCAUGCAAUGGGGGACAGACCCCAUUUUGUCCAAUGCUGCCUUAGCGCCUACUAGCACGAAAGUAUGUAACCGGUACCCAAGUACCCUUAAAAGGUCCAAGCUUUUUUAUCAAUUCAACAUUGAAGUUCAAUGUUUUUCCAGUCUUUUUUUCUUAUCGUUUCAAUGUUAACCAUGUAUCUUCCUCUAUGUUGGACAGGACACUCGCAAUUGCAAACAGAUUGCUACCUGACAUUCCAGUCAAAAAAGAAAACCCCCUUCAGCAGGGGCCUUUCCGUCAAGCCUAUUUGUUGUUUCAUAAUUUCAUUGGUUCAAGGCAACUUACGUAGACUUAUAACAGAUAUAUAUCCAUGGACAUUGGACAUACAUAGGUAGAAAAGGUACAUACUUCUUAAAGUCUGAGGCCCAACUACCCGGUUCAGGCUGCCUCUCUUCACCGCAACCUCCCAGUCGCCUGCAGCCUCAUUGGGCUUGCCGUUGGUUGCCGUCAUCUCCGCUGUGUCGUGGUACCUGAGUCAUGUCGAGUGGGAGGCAGCGUGUACACAUGAUACAUGUAUGUAUAGGUAGACAUGUACUAUUAUCGUCGGUACAGCAUCCCGUGUCUAUAGCAAGGAGUCUUUACAAAACUUUGGGUAGGCAUGUAUGGAGCAGGAUCUUGGAAAUGUGCGGUCGUCGGCUUAUUUAUCUACGAUGACGUUUUCAAGGUUACCUAAUCCCUAGGGGCCACGGAUUUCCUCCUUCAACUUAAACGCCCUUGAAUCUACUUAUAAUACUCUACAUACGUAUCAUAUUAACCAAGCCUAAAUAUAACUUUAAAGCUCAACUAUC